GGCGUUUUUAGCGGCCAAUCUCGAACCGGAGGACCGGAGGCAAAUCCCUGCCAUCCAUCUCGACUGCCGUGUGGGUUGUGCGUGUGUGCCGUUGCGUGAACGUUUUGUUACUUUUCAUCGUCCAUCCUUGGAGCUGUGAAAACAAUAUUGUGGCAUCAUAGGGGCAUGUCGUUGAGAUGGUUCGCGUCUAUCAACACGGCAAACCGGGUGGAUGCGUUCACCGUUCUCGCGUGCGUGAGACCCGCGGAGGUGUCCCAUCUCGUGCGCAUCUCGUGAAAUUGUUGUUACCGUGUGAAAGUGAACACAGCCGUGCUUUUAAAACGUACACAACAGUGCAGUAACGGGAGUGGAGAGUGAAAGUAGUAGGCUACGAUCGUACCAACAAGUGCGCAAAGGUCCGACCAGCAUCCCGCAGUGGUGGAUGGUAGCAGUGCGUGUGCGUGCGUGGCCUGCUUUGCCAAGUGUUCUAUAGUGCUAGCCUUCUAUGCUGCCUCGUGCUGAUCGUUCGUGUUGUCCAAUAGAUUGGAGCGUGAAAAGUGAAACGAAAAGCAGUGAAAAGUAAAUAACAAAUCAUACGUAGCGAGGAAGUGCAAACAAACAGCAUCGAAUAAAUUGACAAAAGUUGACCAUCGGGACCUGGUCACGCGAAAGGGUCGGUGAAGUUUGUCCCCAUCUCCGGUUUUGGCCCGGUCCAAAAACCUUGGAGGCCAUUUUAAAGUUCGUACACGUGUGUGCGUGUGUGUGAGAGUGGUUUUUAUUUCUCAUAAAUCAAUCAGUAUAGCUCCGGAACGCAAAACUAACCGAAAUCAAUGUACUCGAUGGUGGAAUACUAUAGCGACAUGGGGCAAAUAGGGCAGGACUAUGGCUCAAAGAACUCCCCGACGGACAACUCGAAUCUGGACCAUGUCACCAAGGUGAUCGCCUAUCAUCCGCGCUAUCUGGACCACUUUCUCAGUACGCAAAAGUUUGUGCUGCAGUGCGAUGGACCGCUGCCGUACGACUAUAGGAACUACAUUGCGAUUAUGGCCGCUGCCCGCCAUAAGUGCACGUACCUAGUGAACCUGUACGAGGACGUCUUCCUGAGGAACGGCGGUGAUCCGAGCUGGCUGAACGGUCUCGAGCACAUCCCCGCCAAACUACGUGCCAUCUCUGACAUCAACAAAAUUCUAGCCCACCGUCCAUGGCUGCUCAACAAGGGACACAUCGAGCGCCUGACGAAAGGCCAGAACAGUUGGUCCCUCUCGGAAGUGGUGCACGCAAUCGUGCUGAUCGCCCACUACCACUCGCUGUCCUCGUUCGUGUUUUCCUGCGGGCUCACGCAGGAGCUGGACGGCAUUAGUCACAAAGUCAUCGAAAACAACAACGUUCUCACCCAGAAGACUGCCUUCAACCGUCUGAAUGAUCUGUACAAUUCUCAGCACCCAGACAGCCAUCCCCAGAACGGAGACGAUGGCAACAUCCGUCCGGAAGUGACCGUCGAUGCACUGAUGCAACGCAUGAAGCGUCUGUCGGAGAAGAAUGACGAAGCGUGCAGCGAAACCGAGCUGAGCAACCGGUUCAAGCAUGUGGAGCAGCAGGCGGCCGAGCUGCCCCCGGUCAUCCGGGACGCACCGGCGGAAGUCCCGCAGCAGCUCGGCCGCUACGUGGACGAUCCCAGCUUCACAUAUCAGGACUUUGCGCGGCGCGGUGCGGAAAACAUUCCGCAAACGUUCCGGAUACAGGACUACUCCUGGGAUGACCAUGGAUACUCACUAGUGAAUAGGCUGUACAAUGAUGUCGGGUUCUACCUCGACGAAAAGUUCCGGGCGGCGUACAACCUGACGUACUACACGAUCGCGGGUCGCACGAACGUCGACACGUCCAAGUUUCGGCGCGCCAUCUGGAACUACAUCCAGUGCAUCUACGGCAUACGCCACGACGACUACGACUACGGCGAAGUGAACCAGCUGCUCGAUCGCUCGUUGAAGAUGUUCAUCAAGACGGCCUGCUGCUUCCCGGAGCGGAUCACCAAGCUCGAUUACGACAGCGUGCUCGUGGAGCUGCAGCACAGUGAGAAGGUUCACAUCAAUCUUAUGAUCUUGGAAGCCCGCAACCAGGCGGAGCUGCUGUACGCCUUACGAGAAAUUAUGCGAUACAUGACAUGAUUGGCACCCACCGAUAUGAAGAAUUAGGAUGCCGUUGGCCAGUUUUGUGAUGCCUGCCUGUCCUCUCCCUCCCCCACCUGGCCCGUUGGUUCCCGUUGGCUGAACGAAUGUUUGUGGGUUGUUUUGCGAUAAGGAAGGAUUAGUCGCCAUCGCGACGAAUUGGUAAGGGAAGGAUACGGGGACGCGUGAUAGGAAAAGAAGGAUGGAUCGACGAUCGCUAGCGUGAAGGAGGGUGUGUAGCAGGGAGAGGGUCAGGAUUUGUGAAACAUUCAGGGCAAAGGUGUAUUUGUUUUUAUUACGAAGAUUGUUUGUGGAAAGGAUGGAAUGGAUGUUGAUGUUGUGUUAUUGUUGUUAACUAUAUUGUACGGUCUGACGCGUUGUUGGUUGCGCAUAUGAGGUGGAAACAUACGUUGCGUACGAGAAGGUGAGGCAGGUUCACGAGAAUGGUGGCAAAGAGUGGAGGGGGAGAGCAAACGAUGCCGGAGCCUUGGCUGGACCGGAGUGAUGUGCAAGCAUAAGGAAUAUUACGAUGGGUGAUAUAUAAUUAUAACUAUUACUAUACUAACGCUCUUUUCUACGUGACGUCGAAAAGGAUAAUGCUACCAAGAGCAAGAGCGAACGGCCGCCAACGUUUUUAUUAUUUUUUUUUUAUGGAAAACUCUAUUUCUAACAGGCAAACGCGAACAAUGCAAUGUUGAGAGAGCCCACUGUGGUGAGAUCGUAUACUUUCGCGAAACAGAAACACAAGACAAACGUAAUAGCGUGCUACAGAAUGGAGCACCAUACUCAGGCCUACAACACACACACACACAGUUUAUGCUAGCAUCAGGGAGAGAUUCAGGACGUUGUCUAUUUUUGGAUGAUGGUUUGUUUAUUUUUUUUAUUAACUCCCUUGCAACUCUUGACGAAGAUCUAAUGUCUAAUCAGGGAAAAACGUAAGUAAGGUAUCGAAGCAAGAAGCGACAGCCUUGCGAGUAAGGACCCCGAUCUAAGUGGCAUAAUAAGUAGGAAAACCACCCCAUUCUGAUCUCACUGUGAUAAGGUUUUACUUGUGUUUGUUUUUUUUUAUUCAUUGCUGCUACAUCAGGUUGUCGAAUAAUUGAGCUUAUUCUUAUUAUUUGAUGCGUUUUGAUACGAUCUGUACAAUUUGUCUAGCUGAAAUUCUAUCAAAUGAAUUUCUAUUGAAUUCAUCGACGACUCGCGUCGAAUAGUAAGAAUCAGCUCAAAACCCGGAUCGUGAAUUUCAAGUGCAUACGAUGGUGACAAAUCCGCGAUGGCUCAUAAUUAAAAUUCGGUGGUUUUCUUCUGUUUUUCCUUCUCUAUGUAACAUCAACGACGAUACGCCACCAAAUGGAGGUGAAGUAACAAACUAGGAGAGUAGAAAAGCUUUAUAUUUUUAAUUAUUCGUUUAAUUUCUACUCAAUCAAUGGUCAGUAAACAUAUUUGUACAGUAAAGUGUCUCAUUGUCAACCAUUCAUUUUCUUUUUUGAACUUCCGUACCGCCGGACAGAAAAUUGUACAGCUCCCCGGUGUAAGCUAGUGUCGCCAAGUAGCCACAAGAAAAAAACUGCACUUCGACCUUCACGUCCAUGCAAAAACAAAAAAAACAGCAAAAACUGAAUGAUAUUAUGUACCUUUCUCGCUGCGAUCUGCCAAGACAGCGGAAGCAGCUAGCGAUUUGCUCCUCCAUUUGAUUCGAUUGCAGACAAUCCAUCGCAUUUGUUUUGCCUGCGCGAUCGGUAGUUGAACGGCGUAUUGUGAUAAUGCGAGCAGAGUGAAGGUUACGGAAAGCGAGAGCAAACUAGUCCACUGAUGUAGCACGAUCAGUUUCGCCAGUAAGGAUUUAAUGUUGGUGCAUUUUUGUUUUAGAAUAUUUCACCACAUCAAACGUUGUUUGUUCGCCGUCGGCGAAUCGAAUUGUCUGGUAGGAGACAGGAGACGUACGAACCAUCGCUUAGAAGGAACGAGAGUAUGAGAAUCUAGCAUAUUUCCUCGACAACAUCAUGUGUUAAGGCUGCCAACCCGGUUGGCCGUCGGAAGCAUGCAUGGUGAAGCGGGAAAAGAGUUUGAAAAGAAACGAAACUACUAAAACUGCAUCGAUUGAGACAAUUUCUGCGAGGUAAGAAUAUAAGCUUACGUGAAGAGAAGUUUGAAGAAAAUAUGACGAUUUGUAAAAAAAAUAUAAUGAUCAAUAAAUUUUAUAACGUAUA